AUGCUAUAAACUCCUUUGAGGGAGAGAAGAUGCUUAUUUGAUUACUUACUUCAAAGAAGAAGUGUAAGCACAAAAUAGAAAUCGAAGCGUCUUAAUGGAAUCCAUCUUGAAGGAAUUAGAGCCACCUUAGAUUCAAGAAUUCAAAAAUCCAAACAAAAUAAGCUUCAAAUUAAAACAGAAUAUAUGGAUUAUUUUAUUUUCGAAACAAAUGAAACAACAAUAAUUCCUCAAACUAAAACAAUUUCGUAAAAAUAGCCUGCUAUAUAUAAUUUACAAUUCACAAUGAAUAAAAACUUAGCUUAAUAAUCGAGAAUCAAUAGAAAACCCUGCAAUUCAUUUAAUACACUUUAGGUUUAUUCAAAAUCUCUAGAUAAAUAAGAAGGCAGAUAAUUCAAAUGA